AUGCUAGAGAUGUAGGACCUGUGAUGAUGUCACCAUCACAUGUUGGGGGCGGAGCUUAGCUGUGGAGGAGAAGAAAGAUCUUGGCUGAAGGACCUGUGUGAUGCUCCAGUAAGUAAUCUCCCGCACGACCAACUCGUCACUGGUGAAGCAGCUCAGCACAAACAUUUCCCAGAGGACUAAUCACAUGAUCAUAACGUCAUCAAAGGUCCUUUAGCAGUCUAGAAUCUAGCCUGGCUCCUCCCACGAAUGUCACUGGUCAUGUGAUCGCGCAUCAUCUAAGGUCCUUCAGCUUACGUGGAUGUGACAUCUGAGACUCCGGCUGUAGUCAUCAAUCACCAUGUCCAGUAAGGAAGUAAAGGCUGCAUUGAAGAAUGCCAGAGAUGCGAUCAGGAAUAAGGAGUACAAAGACGCAUUGAAGCACUGUAAGGCCGUGCUAAAGCUAGAAAAAAAUAACUACAAUGCCUGGGUUUUCAUUGGAUUGGCAGCUUCUGAGUUGGAGCAACCAGAACAGGCCCAUGCUGCCUACAAAAAGGCUGCAGAGAUUGACCCAGAACAGCUGUUGGCCUGGCAGGGGUUGGUAAACCUAUAUGAAAAGGACAACCAAAAAGAUUUUAAAGAAGAUUUGCCAAAUGUAUAUCAAAAAUUGUUGGAACUUUACAAAAGUUCUGACAAGCUGAAGUGGUGUGAAGUUUGUAAAAAGUUGGUAGAGCUGUAUGAGCUGGAGAAGAAAUAUUUACAGGCUGCAAAUACAUGGCAACAGUUGAUCAAGAUGAAGGAAGAUGAAGACAUCAAAAAGGAUGAACUCUACCAACUCUGGAAAAAGAUGACUCAGCUACUAGGAGGGGAAAUUGAACUCCAAGACAAUAAUACCCAACAACUGCUAUUAAAUGCAUUUGAAAAUGCUCUCUCCUGUCUAGAGGAGAUCCCAGCAGAGGAACAUAAGGCACUUUGUGAGCAGUACAUUCUUUGCGUAUCCAAGCUGCCACGUGAAGAGUUGAAACUAAAGGAGCUAUGCAACAGCAUGGCAACCGCAUACCCUUCUCUCUGUUAUCCUCUAGAAGUACUUAGCUUGCAUUACAUCAGGUCUGGUGAUGUCAGUGAAGAAGCAGUCAAGUGUUUCAAUAAGCUACUUGAAAUGGAGCCAUGCAAUGGUCCUGGUCUCAUUGGAAUAGGUGUGAAAGCUCUACGUGAUAAAAAGUAUGAUGUGGCAGCAGAAAACCUUUCCAAAGGAGUACAGCAGGUGAAGACGUGUCCCUGUGCGUGGUUUUUCCUUGCACAAGCCCAGCUGAAAAUACAUCAGUAUGAGAAGGCUGCUUUAUCCUGUGAGCAAGCCAUCAAGGUUCUGUCCCUGGAUAAUCUCUCUUAUGGAGACCCUUCACAGAAAGAUUGUGCCCUUCGGUUGAAGGCACAGGCUUUGCUGGAGUUCACAGAUGUAGAUCACUCUGAAGAAAUACUUAAAAUCCUGGACCAGAUUUCCAAUGAAGAUAAUGAUCCAUUUCUCACUGCUCUGAAAGGCCGGGUAUACUUAAAGAAGGGAUCAUUAGAAGAAGCAUCAAAGGUCUCUAGAGAACUCCUACUGACACAUCCUGAGUUUGCAGACACACAUUUUUUGGAUGGCCUGCUUCAUUACGUUCAGAAGAACUACACAGAAGCAGAGAAGAGUUUUCAAAAAGCCAUUGAGAAGAAUCCAGAGGUUUCUAACUACCAUUUCUAUCUUGGUUUAACUUGGUUUAUGAACGAAGAAACUAAGCGAGAUAAAACAAAGGCUGUCACUCAGUUUUUAAAGGCUGCCAAACUGGACCCCUAUAUGUCGAAAGUGUUUUGUUACUUGGGUCAUUACUAUCGAGAAGUAGUCGGUGACAAGACCAGGGCUCGUGGUUGUUAUAAGAAAGCGUUUGACCUAGAUGGCAGUGAUGGAGAAGCGGGAGCGCAAGCGGUGGAUCUGAGUGUCGAGCUCAAUGACAUGGACACUGCAUUAGCUAUUUUGAGGAGUGUCACAGAAAGAGUGAGUGCAGGAACGGCAAAGUGGGCAUGGCUUCGAAGGGGCCUAUUCUAUCUAAGGGUUGGGCAGCAUUCCAAAGCUGUGUCUGACUUGCAUGCUGCUCUGAGAGCCGAUCCCAAGGACUCCAACUGCUGGGAGUGUUUAGGAGAAGCGUACUUGAGUAGAGGGGGCUAUUCUACUGCUCUGAAAUCCUUUAUGAAAGCCAGCGAUCUGAAUCCAGAUUCCAUAUACAGUGCAUACAAAAUCGCAUCCAUCAAACAGCUCUUGGGCACAUAUACAGAAGCGGUAAAUGAAUACCAACAUAUCAUACAGAAAUCCCGAGAUUAUGUGCCAGCACUGAAAGGUCUCGGUGAAUGUCAUCUUAUGCUUGCUAAAAGUGCACUUGCUGAUUUCCUUGAUGCUAGAGCUGUGGAUUCAAUAGAAAAGGCUCUAGAAUAUUUGACAAGAGCUAUUCAGCAGCGUCCUGACCUUCUAUGUUUGUGGAAGCUACUUGGAGAUUCUUGCACCUGUCUGCAUCUGGUCUCUUCAGCCAAAGUCAGAGUUAAUGUCAUGGGUGCCCUUGUAGGACAGAAAACGGAUGAAAAGCUACUGAAUAAAUCAGAGAUUUUGGAACUUGGGGGGAGGUGUUAUGGUCGAGCACUAAAGCUUCAGCCUACUGCAAACAUAUGGUAUGAUCUUGGUAUUAACUACUUCUACCAGGCACAGCACUUGCAGCUUUCUGACCCUGAAGGAAAUAAUCAAAGGGAUUUAUUGGAAAAGUCAGUGCAGUGCAUUAAGAAGUCAAUCAUGAUGGACAGCAGUAACCACCAGUACUGGAAUGCACUCGGCGUUAUUUGUUGCUCCAAAGAUGUCAACAACAAGGCCCUUUCUCAGCACGCUUUCAUCAAGUCAAUCCAGUGUCAGCAGAAUAACGCCAUUGCUUGGACUAACCUUGGCGCUUUAUAUUUGUUGAAUGAAAAUAUUGAGCUAAGCCAUCAAGCUUUCAAAGUAGCCCAGUCCCUUGACCCGUCAUAUGUGAGAUGCUGGAUUGGACAGGCACUGAUUGCAGAAGCUGUGGGAAGCUAUGAAACUAUGGAUCUCUUCAGGCAUACAACUGAGCUUAGUAUGCAUACUGAGGGGGCAAAGGGAUAUGCCCACUGGGUCUGUAUGACCCUCCUGGAUAAAAGCAAUAGGAACACGGAGCUUUACCGCUAUAACAUUGUUCAGAUGAACGCCGUCACUGCAGCUCAUGUAGCCUUAAACAAAUACACAGAAAGAAUACAAACAGAUUCAACAGCAUUUGGGAUGUUGGGAUAUUUAAAUGAACAUCUAAAAUUGAAGAGACAAGCAAAGGAUGCAUAUGAAAGAGCCAUUUUAAUUCUUCAAGAUAAAGAAGACAAAGAUCACUAUAAUCUUGCACUUCGACAUUAUGGACGGUCACUCUGUUCUGUAGGUCAGUGUGAUGAAGCCAUCAAAGUCUUUAUGUCUACACCUCUGACAGAGCUGGAUGAUCUCACCGGGCUGGCUUUUGCCUACUUCAAGAAAGGACUUUUGCAAGAAAGUUUGAAAGUUUACAAGACUGCCUUAUCUGUUGCCAAGACAGAGCAGGAAAAAGCACACAUCCUCACUGCCAUGGCGGUAAUCGAGUACAGCCAAGGUGAUAUUGAAUCCUCCAAAACUCUCUUGUUUAAAUGCUCUGUAUUAAAAGAACCCAGCAUUGAAAGUCUGCUUGCUCUUUGUGCUUUGGGUCUGGCUAAACGUGAUGUUACUCUGGCAACUGCUGCUGUAAAUGAGCUUCUCAAACAUGUUAAAAUUGAUGAUAAUGUCUAUGAGAGGUACCUUAUUACAUCAGCCAUAUUUGCUUUACAAGGAAGAAAUGUUGCUGUGCAGAGACAGGCCUGCAAAGCUGUACACAGCCAUCCAGGGAAUCCUGCAUUGUGGUCUCUCUUAUCUAGGAUUGUGCCUCAGUAUGCUCCCAGAAAUGCCAGGGGUGGAGCAGCUGCUGGCAUUGUUGCACAUUCGCUUAACCUGAAUCAAGCAAAGACAUCUCUAUUGUUCACAGGGAUGAAUGAAUUAGCCUCUGGGUGUCUAGCAUCUGAAGACAAAAAGCAGAAUGCUCUGAAAACAUUGCAAAGAGCUGCACAUUUAUUUCCAGAGAACCCUGCAGUAUGGACUGGAAUAAUGGCUGCCUGUCAAGUGGAAACUACUGCUUCCUACAUUAAUAAGACUCCUGCUAAUGGCCCUGAGCGUGAUAUAGUGUUUGUAGCAUCUGUGAAAUCUAAAAUUGAAAGAGCAAGUAAACUUCCUACUAGUUAUGCCCAAUCCCUGGAGAGCUGGUCGUUGUGUCAGGCUACUUCUACACUGAAGGAUCAGAACAAGUUUUCUGAAGCUGAGGCUCUUUGCACGAAGGGAUUACAAACCUGCCCCGACCAAGCAUCCUUAUUUCUGCUGUUAAGGCAAAUUCAGUUCGAACAGCUGCUGCAAUCCCAAGCUUCAUUAUCAGAACCUGUACUGGAGGAGCUAAAGAAGACUGUGAUGACUAACCCAAAUUCGCAGACUGCCUGGCAUUGGUUAGCUGAUGUCUACCAGUCCCAGGGAAUGAUGGUGGAUGCAGAGAUGUGUUACAGGAAGAGUUUACAGCUGGCAUCUCAACAAGCAAACUGGAGUGGGAAACUCUCAAGUUUACUGCGAUUAGCACUUCUUGCACUUAAAGUUUGUAUGGCUAAGGUUCCUGAUGCUCGCUGGCCAGCACUUCUACAAGAGGCCACAAGUGAAGUUUUAAAGGUGACCUCCUGCCCUUUGGCCACUCUACUUCAAGGGAUCCUGCAGUUCAGCACAAAGGGGUCACGGAAAACCCGACAACUUUUGGAGAAAGUGGUUUACCAGUCAGGAUGCAGUGAGACUGUUGCCUCGGUUGCCCGCUGGUAUCUCUUAAGACAUUUACAUGCCAAAAACGAUGAUCAGUUAAUAGAAGUACUUUUACAAAAUGCCAAAGUCCAUGAAGAUAAGCGCGUUCUUGAUCUCUACAAGCAAAUCUCCAAAGAUUCAUAGGGUUUACAGAUUUAUGUUCUCCACUAAUAUCUUCUGGAAUGUAACUGGGUUAUUUGUAAACUAUCAAUUUAUUGCACAAUAAAACUUUCACUGUCCAGUUCCCAAACAAUACUAUCCACUUGGUUUUGGAUUGGUCUUUCUUGGGUGGCAUAGACAGUGUAGAGUUUUAUAUACAUUCAGAAAUAAACAGUUGAUAUUGGCAAACAAAUAUGUCUGUUUAAUUGUCAUGUUAUGAGCUGUGGUGCACUUAGUCACAGCAAGGGAUAGUCAUGCUAUGAAUCAGAGGGCAACAGCUCUAAAUGCCUAAGCAAAUCAUUGCUUUUAUAUGCUCAACAGGGGUGUAGCUAUAGAAGUAGCAGCGGUAGGAGUCGCAACGGGGCUCUAUUGCCUAAGGGGGCCCCAAAGGACAUCUGCCCCAUAAGAGAGCAGUCCAAUAAUUGGCAUAUGGGGCCCUGUUGCAGAUUUUGCAUCAGGGCCCGGAAGUUACAAGCUACGUCUCUGAUGCCCAACAAAUCAGUAUUAUUCAAGGAGUGCUGGAUAUUUGUAUUAAUACAUAGAUUACAUAGCCUGGAGUUCUUAGAUGCCAUGAGAGAGCUACAGAAUUUUUAUUAUUUUUAUUGUCAAUUGGGACACUGUUUCUUUUUUGAAUUUCAUAGGUUCCUGCCAGGCAUAUGCUAUAAAAGUUACUUAUUGGAUUAACCCUUUAAAGAAACACUGUUUUGUUUUUUUACCCAUUUCAUCACUAGUUGUAGAGCACCAAUUGUUUCAUUCCAGCACAGCUGCAUCUUUGCGUUACAUUACUCUAACUUGGUCAUGUGAUCACAAAAGUAAGUCAGGUCCUGGGUCAACGGACUGUGAACUGCAGGAUGAUACCUACCAGCUGGAAGUAGCUGACCAGCUCAACAAGAGAUGGAUAAAAAAAGAGGUUUUCAGUACGAGAAAAGCAAAUUAUUAGGUAUGUUUUUAAUUGUUGAUUAUGAGGGCAGCCGGUGCUAGAACCACACAGGCAUUGUCGGUCCCCAAAGAUGGCAAUGUAUUCUGGGUGGUAUCCCACUGAAAGAGUCAACAUGUUAAUGCUUUUGUCAGAAUGAGGAAAUCAGAAUUUCCAUGCUGGAACAUCCGCUGCAGAAAUUCUGCAGUGUAAACAGGACAGCAGAAUUCUGUAGUGUGAACAUACCUUUAUGAUCACAGGCACAAUACACUGCACUACCACUACUACUGCAAUGUAUUAUACCAGUGAUCUGAUGUAAGCUACGGUAUAUGGCAUAAAUUAAAAGAGAAAAACAUAAAUAUUUAUUUAUUUUUAAACAUACAAUUUUUUGCUCUUUUUUUUUAAUGUUUAAUUUACUGUUGUACGGAUUGUGCCUGGAUUUAUGACUGCUAUGAGAGAGUGAAUAUGUUAAUUCCUUUGGCAGAAUACUGUAGGUAAUACAUUGCCGUCUAUUGUGACCAGCAAUGUCUGCUCAUUCCUAGCACCGGAUGUCCUCAUAAGGAAUUACAAACAUGCAUCCUCAAUCAUACCUUGUUUUUCUAAAUGUAAAAUUUUUUUUUUUUAUCCUACUCUUGCUGAGCUGGUCAGCUACUCCAUUUUCCUCAUUACCACAAGGUAAAUUUUGAGAUUGAUUCACCUCAGCAAACAUGGUUGUUAUGGCUGUGGCUGAGCUUGUUGAUGGGGUCACAUAUAGGUUGCUGAAGACACUAGCACCUAGGUUCAUCCCCCUGUGGGAAAUAUGACUCUCUUCCUGAAGUCUCCACAACGAGUGACACCAGAAUCCAUCUUUCCUCUAUCCCAGAGUUUAAGUUGUGAGGUAAGGAUGUAUUAUGUGAUGUAUGUGAGAGAUUUGGGAGCAGUGAGCUAAAAUUUGAAAUGCACCCAAUUUCUGACUAACAUAAGACACUUUAAUAAAUGUGAGGGGUUUUACACAGCAGGAAACAAAACAUGAUACAUACAAACCAACACUAUUGUUGAAUUCCCCCACUGUGUGUAUUGUGUAUUUUACUUUAAUUGUGCAAAACAACAUGAGAAAUGCUAACUAAAUCACCAGAAAAAUUGGGAACAUUUCCAGCAGUUUUGGAAAAUCACAGCAGAAACAGCCAAAAUGCAGUAAAAAUAUGUGAAAAAGGCUGUAACAAUUCAACAUGUGAACACAACCUAAAAACUUUAAAUCUUAAAAAUAUCUCAUUAGUGAUUAUAAGUGAUAUCACUUUCGCCUUAUGGAAAUAUUUCUUUAAAAAAUGCAAUUUGAAUAAGAAAACGCAUUAAAACUGCAUGUAGUGUGAACUGACACCAACCUACUUGCUUUUUAGUCCUCUGGUUGCUGGAGUCUAGCCAGGCGAUCAGUUUGGUCUCAUUAGGGGAAUUGCAGCAAUAAGACUCCAUGCGUGCUCUCUGCAAAGCCAGAGGUUUCAUGGGAAAUGUAGGCAGCAUGACAUAUUUAUGAGCCGGAAACUCCAAAAGGAGUGAAAUCCCAGUACUACGGACACCAUCUUAUUCCCUAAAACAUAUAGGCUUUAUUCUAUAUUUCUUAAAAUUACAGGAUAGACUAUAAAAAAAUGUACAAUCGACGCGUUUCUGAAUGAACCUUUUCUAGGUCUAAGAAAAAGGUUAAUUUCGAAACUCAUCCAUUGUUUGUAUAUUUUUUAUAGUAUAUACUGUAAUUAUAAUCUUAAAUCUUAUAUGUUUUAUGAAAGAAGCUGGUAUCGGAAGUGCUGGGAUGGGUGAAUAAAAUCUCUUUUUUUCAAUGACAAAUUUAUAUGUGCUCUAUUAGAAAUGAGCAUAUCUGUACAGAGCCCUGCUUGUCCUCAGUGCACAGAGCCCUGCUUGUCCUCACUGCACAGAGCCCUGCUUGUCCUCAGUGUACAGAGCCCCGCUUGUCCUCACUGCACAGAGCCCUGCUUGUCCUCAUUGUACAGAGCCCUGCUUGUCCUCAGUAUACAGAGCCCUGCUUGUCCUCAGUAUACAGAGCCCUGCUUGUCCUCAGUGUACAGAGCCCUGCUUGUCCUCAAUGUACAGAGCCCUGCUUGUCCUCAGUGUACAGAGCCCCGCUUGUCCUCAGUGUACAUAGCCCUGCUUGUCCACAGUGUAUAGACCCCUGCUUGUCCUCAGUGUACAGAGCCCCGCUUGUCCUCAGUGUACAUAGCCCUGCUUGUCCACAGUGUAUAGACCCCUGCUUGUCCUCAGUGUACAGCGCCCUGUGGUGUAUGCGAUUGAGAGGCAGGGAACCGCGCUGAGCUGGUCACUUGCUCAGCCAGCGGUCUGCGAUUUCGGACUAACUGCCGGGCCAGCGUGAGUCCAAAAUCAAUAAAAAUGCUUGUGGCCAGGGACUCCUAGGGAGACCCCUGGUGGACAGAUUAAACACAAAAUACAUAUAAAAGAAGUUAAAAAAAUUAUUAAAACCAAUUGGAAACCAGUUUAAUAUUGAAUAAUCUAUGACAUAUUAAAAUAUUUUUUUUUUUUUUUUUUUUUAAAGGUACUCUUUAAUUAAGAAAUUCCCGGACUGCAUCUUUAAGAUGUGUGCUUAAUAAAAGUAUGAAGACUUGAUGAACACUGUAUUAUUUUAUUGUAUAACCAUUUGCAAAUUGCAUUUGUGUGUGUUAUAGAAAGAAAAAUAAUGAAUAUGUAGUUAUAAUAAAGGCAGACAUGUUCACAAUUAUGAGUCACUUUGUGAUCGGGCCUGUUUAUUUCAGACAAUGGUAUAGCACGCAUUUUCUGCUACUCUCCCCGCCUCGGUAAUAAAAUGACACCUUUAAUGGUCUUUUAAUUUGUAUUUCUUUUAUCCACAACACCUACUGCUGACUUAAGAUUGGUGACUCAAAUCUAGCAAAGAAAACAGCUUUAUUUUUAUAACAACAAGGAUAAUUAGUGCAGAAUUUGCAUUUACUUAUAAAAAUGAAUAAAAAUGAAAAUUUAUGAAAAACACAACCCAUUAAAGUGCACAAAAAUGAAUUCAGUAUACAUUUUCAGUAUUCAGUAUACAUUUUCAGAAUUCAGUAUAAAACAAAAGGCCCUAAAAAUAUUGUAAAAGCAAUUGUGUUAUAUUUAAAGCACUUAUGUGUGGAUAAAAGUUACUACUCUGUGUAGAGCCCCUGUGUAUAAUGAUUACCUUGUUCCUUAUGGCCAGUGGUUCUUGUGUACAGCAUAGACCCAAAUUUUAUGUUGAAAUGUAACAAAUCCAACAUCCGACCAUCUAGUCCACCAUGGCAAGCAUUAUAUACUAUAAAGUGUCCAAUUGAUAGGACAAAUCUCUUUAUUUAACCUGUUGGGGACGGAGGGCAUACGGGUGCCAUCCCGUGGCAAUGCCUUGGGGGGUGGGGGUCCAUUACGGCGAUCACUGUGAUUUGCCGUCAAUUCUGACCGGCGAAUCACGUUUUUUCCAGGCUGAUUAGGUCUCUGGUGACCCGAUCCCCCGGAAAAUAAGGGUGAUCAGUGCUGCCAGACAGCGCCGAUCGCCCUGCCAUUGGUCGGUCAGGACUGACUGACCAAUGGGGGCGGGGGGUUAUAGUUAAUUUCUCCUUCUCUGCGAGGAGGACCAUCAACUUACCUAACCUCAAAAAGGGCAUUCUGGGAGUUUUGCAACAGCUGGAGGCACCCUGUUUCAGAAACACUGCCGUAGGGUAUUUUUGGUGGAGGAGGCAAAUGCCAUGCUUGCAUCCAGGUCCGCCCCUUUGCAAAUCCCUAAUUUAUGCCUCAAAUGCGCAUGGAGCUCUCUCACUUCGGAGCCCUGUCGUAUUUCAAGGCAACAGUUUAGUGCCACAUAUGUGUGGCUUCUUCUCCUUUUACACCUUUAUGAGAAGGAAAAAUUGGGGGCUUCACCAGCAUGUUAGUGUAAGCAAAUAAAACAUUUUACACUAACAUGCUGGAGUUGCCCCAUACUUUUUAUUUUCACAAGAGGUAAAAGGAGAAAAAAGACCCCCAAAAUAUGUAAAGCAAUUCCUCCUGAGUACAUAAAUACCCCACAUGUUGACGUAAAGUGCUCUGCAGGCGCAUAACAGGGCUCAGGAGUGAGAGCACACCAUGUACAUUUGAGGCCUAAAUUGGGGAAUUGCACCGGGGUGGCUGAUAGUUGCAGUGGUUCAGACAUAAACGCAAAAAAUACACCCCUCAAGGAAUGUAACAAGGGGUACAGUGAACCUUAGGGGUACUUCACUGGAAAACAAUUUUUUUUUUAUUUUCAUCCCACUUUAACGAAAGUUCGUCAAACACCUGUGGGAUGUUAAAGGGGUACUCCA